GCAUCCCUCUGUGAUGUGCUACCACCCAUCCCCCGGGGAGCCACGCAGGCAUCUGUGGACUUCAGCUCCCAGGAGACCUUUCGGAGCAGAGGCCCUGAUAGUUUAUGGGAAGUGCGGGUUAUUUCCUCCGGGCCACCUGGCGGCCAGGUAUGGCCCUGUCUCAGGCUCCUCCCUCACCUGGGGCAGUCCCUGCUCUGCUGGUCCUAGAGACGGGAACAGAUCCGCGGCUGGGGCCAUUGAAGAGAGCCCGAUGUGGGAACAGGAGGCCUGGGCCUCCUCUGGGGGAUGGCCGGCACCCCGGGAGACCAGAACAGGUCCAUCGCUGUCCUCUGUGCUUAAUGAGCUCCCCAGUGCUGCUACCCUUCGGUACCGAGGCCCUGGGGUGCUGCCCUGGGGGGCCCUGGAGGAGGAGGAGGACGGACAGAGGAGCAUCCAGUCGGUUGCAGAAGCCACACAAAAGGAGCUGCAGGAGCCUGGCCCUUCCCGGGAACUGCCGUGGCCCAUGCAGGCCAGACGGGCACACAGACAGGGCCUUGCCAGGAACCAAGUGGCUCAGGGCUCGGGGUCCAGGGCCACCCACUGGACUCUUCUGCUUCGGAGGUCCAAGGAGAAGGUGCGGGAAGGCCUGCGCUCCGUGCAGCCCUGGGAUUGGACGCUGAAGAGGAUUGGGGGCCAGUUUGGCGCCGGCACCGAGUCCUACUUCUCCCUGCUGCGCUUCCUGCUGCUUCUCAACGUGCUGGCCUCCGUGCUUACAGCCUGCAUGAUUCUGCUGCCCACCUGGUUGGAAGGGGCUCCCCCUGGUCCCCCUGCCCCUAACGCCUCCUCACCCUGCGGCUCCUACAUGCCCGGCUCUCAGAGCCUGGUCACCUUCUCCACCCAUCUCUUCAAUUUCCUCUCCGGAGAGGGUUUUCUAGAAUGGUCUCCUCUCUUCUAUGGGUUCUACCCGCCCCGCCCACACCUGGCCAUCACCUACCUGUGCUCCACCUUUGCCAUUUGCCUCCUCUACCUGCUGCUCAUCCUGCACCGCUCGGUGUCUGGGCUGAAGCAGACGCUGUUGGCUGAGUCAGGGGCCGUGACCAGCUACAGCCACCGCGUGUUCUCCGCCUGGGACUUUGGCCUCAGCGGGGAGGUCCACGUGCGGCUGCGCCAGCGCAACAUCCUAUUUGAGUUGCAGGUGGAGCUGGAGGAAGCAGCGGUGCGGCGCCAGGCUGCGGUGCGGACGCUGGGCCAACAAGCCAGGGUGUGGUCGGUGCGGUUGCUGCUCAACAUGGCGGUGUUGGCACUCCUGGGGGCAGCCUUCUACGGCGUCUACUGGGCCACAGGGGCCACUGUGGAGCUGCAGGAGAUGUCUUUUAUCCAGGGAAUGCCACUGCCGAAGCUCGUGGUGGAUUACCUUCCGUCCAUCUUCAUCUCCGGGGUCAACUUCGUGCUGCCACCGGUGUUCAAGCUCAUUGCCCCACUGGAGGGCUACACCAGGAGCCGCCAGAUCGUUUUUAUCCUGCUCAGGACAGUGUUUCUCCGCCUGACCUCCCUGCUGGUCCUGCUCAUCUCUCUCUGGAAUCAGAUCACUUGCGGGGGAGAUGCGGACGCUGAGGAGUGCAAAACCUGUGGCUACAAUUACAAAGAACUUCCGUGCUGGGAGACUCGCCUGGGACAGGAGAUGUACAAACUCCUGCUGUUUGAUCUCCUGACCGGCCUGGCAGUCACGCUGCUCAUCCAGUUUCCUCGGAAGCUGCUGUGUGGCCUCUGUCCCGGGGCGCUGGGUCGUUUUGCGGGGACCCUGGAGUUCCAGGUGCCUGACGAAGUGCUGGGGCUCAUCUACGCACAGACAGUGGUCUGGGUGGGGAGUUUUUUCUGCCCUUUACUGCCUUUGCUCAACACGGCCAAGUUCCUGCUGCUUUUCUAUUUGAAGAAGAUCACCCUCUUCUCCACCUGCUCCCCGGCCUCCCGCACCUUUCGGGCCUCCACUGUGAACUUCUUCUUCCCCCUGGUCCUUCUCCUGGGUCUGGCCAUCUCCACCGUUCCUGUGCUUUAUAGCAUCUUCCUGAUCCCACCUUCUAAGCUGUGUGGUCCAUUCCGGGGGCAGUCGUCCAUCUGGGCCGAGAUCCCCGAGUCUAUUUGCAAGCUCCCUCAGACUGCCCAGAAAUUUCUCUUCUUCCUGGGGACCCAGGCUUUUGCUGUGCCCCUUCUGCUGAUCUCCAGCAUCCUGAUGGCGUAUACCGUGGCCCUGGCUAACUCAUACGGACGCCUCAUCUCUGAACUCAAACGCCAGAUAGAGACGGAGGCGCAGAAUAAAGUCUUCCUGGCACAGCGCGCUGUGGCGCUGAGCUCGGCCAACAGAGCUCUUUGACCUGUCCAGCCUGGCUCAGGGUGACCUCCCACUUUCAGACCCAGACCUGCCCUCAGAUCCUUUGUAAGCCUCGGCCACAUCAUUUGGAAAAUAAGCGAACUGGAGAAGACUCCAUGCUUUUCCAGCCCUGGGAUUCACUGCUAAGUCCCUGACUCUCCAGUGAACCUCUUUCUAGUACCAAUAAACACAGCUGAGGCUGCUGAGUGCUUUUUGAAACUCGCGUCCAGAAGGCGGGGCAAGGCAUCAGCGGGACAUAAACCAAUCAAAUGUGUUUACCUGUGGGUCGGCGCGGCGGGCUCUUCCGC